AUGGUUCAUGCAGCACGAGGCAAAUGGGGUAUUAAAGCCAACUGUCCAUGUAUUAACCGUCAGAACAAAUCUGUGUUGAGACCAGCUGUCACUAAUGGAAUAUCACAGCUUCCUACUGUAAAUCCCAGUGCAUCAGUCUCUGGAAACGAGAGCACCUUUUCCACUGGAGCGGGGACAGCAGGAGUGGGGCAGCUAGAAACGGACACUGGUCCAAAGUCUGAAGCAGCUGAUAGUAGGAUAGAAGAAUCUGCAAAAGCAGAGACCUUACCAACUAAUAACCCUGGUGAAAUAAAGACUAACAGACCACUUUGUCCAGAAUCAGCUCCAUCGUCUGCUUUGCACUGGCUUGCAGAUUUAGCAACGCAGAAGGCGAAAGAAGAAACGAAAGAAUCAGGAUCACUGAGAUCAGUGCUAAAUAAAGAAUCCCAUUCACCCUUUGGAUUGGAUUCCUUCAACUCCAGCACAAAGGUUUCCCCGCUAACCCCAAAGCUGUUCAAUAGCCUCUUGUUGGGCCCAGUGACAUCUAGCAACAAAGCUGAAGGCUCCAGCCUGAGGGAUCUGCUGCACACAGGGCCAGGAAAGCUUCCUCAGGUCUCACUGGAUGCAGGAAUCCCCUUUCCUCCAGUCUUUUCUGCGGCUUCUACGGGGGCCAAAGGUAAAGCCAGCCUGCCGAACUUCUUAGACCAUAUCAUUGCUUCUGUGGUGGAAAAUAAGAAGACAUCAGAUUCUGUGAAACGAGCUAGUAAUCUAGCUGACACACAGAGAGAGGUGAAGGAAAUGGUAAUGGGAUUAAAUGUGCUGGAUCCACACACAUCCCACUCUUGGCUCUGUGAUGGUAGACUCCUUUGCCUUCAUGAUCCCAGCAACAAAAACAACUGGAAGAUCUUCAGGGAAUGCUGGAAACAAGGCCAG